CUUGGAUCCUUGUGAUGACCAUACCCGAACUUUAACUCUUUCCAUUUCAAAUGUUAACUUAAAGGGUGGGUACCCUAUUUCAAUCCCAGCAGAUGGCGCUCUAACGAUCAUUCAUAUAUAAAAACGUCACGAGCAGCUGCAUUAACACGCUGUGUGUGCGCACUGUCAAAUAGUAAAAAUGACUGAGCGCAGUGGAAAACUUAACAUUAUGAAGUUAGUCAAAAUUGUGUCUUUCAGCUUAUUAUUAGUUGUUUUAGUAUGUUUCGUUGCAGCCACUUUAAGGACUCUGACGUUUGACGUCAAUUCAGGACUUCAACUUGCACACUGGGAGAAGACGAACAACAUUGCGUCUGACAUAAACCAGCACCAGCGAAAGGAGCUUCUUGCGAAUUUCAGAGAGGCAAUCCAGAUUCCCACGGUGUCAACAGCGAAGACGCAGCUCAACAUCACCGCACUGGGCGAGUUUGACAGCCUCCUGAGGAAAGUUUUCCCUACAGUUUUCUCUUCCCACCUGGUCCAGCAUGAGGUUGUGGCCAACUACAGCCACCUGUUCUGGGUGCCUGGCUCUGACCUGGCCCUGGUACCCUACAUGCUGCUGGCCCACAUAGAUGUGGUGCCUGCUGAUGAGAAUGAUGGAUGGGAGGCCCCACCAUUCUCUGCAAAGGAGAUCGAUGGAUUCAUCUAUGGUAGAGGGACCAUCGAUAACAAGCAGUCUGUCAUGGGAAUCCUCCAGGCACUGGAGUACCUGUUGAUAAGAGGUUAUUCUCCGCAAAGGGGAUUCUUCAUUGGUCUGGGUCAUGAUGAAGAGGUGGGUGGCUUGCAGGGGGCCAUGAACAUAGUGAAGGUGCUGAAGAAGAAAGCGGUGCAGCUGGCGUUCAUACUGGAUGAGGGUCUGGCUGUGCUGGAUGGAGUCAUCAGUGGUCUGCAGGGGCCUGCUGCUCUGAUUGGGAUCAGUGAGAAGGGACAAGCCACGGUGAGACUGAGUGUCUUCAAGGCCCCGGGUCACUCCUCCAUGCCUCCCAGAGAGAGCAGCAUCGGCAUCCUGGCUGGAGCUGUCAAAAGGUUGGAGGACAACCCUAUGCCCAUAUUGUUUGGUGAAGGCCCUGAGCGCAGGACCUUUGAACACUUAGCUCACAGGUUUGGACUCCCAAUUAAGUUUGUCAUGUCAAAUAUGUGGCUGUUCUCUCCACUUAUUGGCAGAGUAUUGGAAAGGAGUCCUGACACAAAUGCUUUUUUGAGAACCACAACUGCAGUCACCAUGUUCAACUCAGGUGUUAAGGUGAAUGUUCUUCCCUCCCUUGCUGAGGCCUAUGUGAAUCUGCGGAUACAUCCAGCACAGACCGUACAAGAGGUUCUGGAGUUCAUCCAAUCCACAGUGGGAGAUGAGAGAGUGAAGAUGGAGCUGGUGAAUGGCUUUGACCCACUGCCUGUCAGCUCGUAUGAUGAAACAUCCUUUGGGUUCCAGACCAUCAAGAAGACCCUGCUGGACCAGUUCCCACAAGUUACUGUUGCGCCUGGUGUCUGCAUCGGGAACACAGACAGCCGCCACUACACUGACCUGGCCAAGGACAUCUAUCGCUUUGCACCUACCUGGAUCAGACCAGGGGACACCCAGAGGUUCCAUGGUAUUAAUGAGAGGAUUUCUAAGAAGAACUACGAGGAACUGGUGGUCUUUUACUUCAAUCUGAUCCAGAACUGUGACAUCAAGGAGCUCCCUUCUCCCCACAGUGCUGGCCAUGAGCUCUAAAGCAGUAGGGUAUUUGGGGGCCACUAUUACAUUCGUAAUCUAGAUAAAUUAGUUUGUCAGAUUCUAUUUACCCCUUCAGGUUGGGUCCCUCCUUUAUUUUGGAUGAAGUACAGACAUCUCUUGGUGAUCCUAAUAUAUAUAUAUAUAACAACAAACUACCAAUGCUAUAGUUUGAAUGAAGACAGUCUGAUUUGUAUUAUCAGUGAGUACAUCAAUUCAAUGUUACUCAGACAUCAAAAGGGGGCAAGCUCUCACGAGGAACUGACAUGUAACAUGGAGAUUUUGAUCUCUGUUGUAAAAAAAACUACUGGUGACGGUAUUGCAUUAGAGAUGGAGUUUGAUUUUUGUUAUGGCCAUAGAAACAGUUUAAUGGGUAUAAAAAGCUAUGUAAUCUGUUACUAUUUUGUUAUUGAUCAUUGACAUGAAACAUGAAUUGGAGAUCAUUGUGAUGGGUGAAGUGUAUGCAGCGUGCAUGUGAGAGCUGCUGGCCAAAUUUCCUCCCUGUGGAAUGGUUUCUAAACAAAUAUAAAGAUAUUAUAUAAAUCAUUUUCUUUUCAAUGCACAUUAAUAGUAUGAAACUUGAAAUCGCUAUAUUUUGACUAAGCGGGAUAUCUUACUUUCUGAUUUCUAUGAGGUACUUGAGGGUUUUUUUGUGAAUAUUUAACACAGGUUAAUAGAGGUGCAAUACUUGAUUUAUCUGUUUGAGAACUGAAAUUCUAAAAAAUGUGUUGAAAUACUGCUGGCCAAUAAAGCUGAAGAUAUCGUAGAUGUGGGCGAGUGGUGAACAUAAUGGUUAAUAAACAUGAUUCACUGUG